CAAAAAAAAGAAAGAGAGGAGGGAAAAAAAGGAAAAAGAAGAAAAAAGAGAAGAAUUUUCACAGCCUAGCAGCCAUUUGCUGCCUGCAGUACCCCUCUUCCCCUGCAGCAUGGUGCAAGUUGUAACAUGAUCUGAUCUUCACCUAUUCCCAUUUUUUUGGGAGGAAGAAAGAAGGAAUACAGAGAGACACACCAUAGAAUGAUGCCUGGCCGUGUUGGUAGCAGCAGCAGCAGCAGUAGCAGGGGUAUUGUAUGGUUCAGGAGGGAUCUGAGGGUGGAGGACAACCCAGCACUAGCAACUGGGGUGAGGUUAGGGGAGGUGGUGCCAGUGUUCAUCUGGGCCCCUGAGGAGGAGGGUCUCUACUACCCUGGGAGGGUGUCAAGGUGGUGGCUCAGCCAGAGCCUCCUCCACCUGGACUCCUCCCUCAGGAGCCUUGGCACCUCCCUCAUCACCAAGAGGUCUUUUGACACUGCCUCCACCCUCCUAGAGAUUGUUCACUCCACUGGUGCCACCAAUCUCUUCUUCAACCACCUCUAUGAUCCUGUGUCUCUUGUUAGGGACCAUCGUUUGAAAGAACUUCUGACUGCUCGAGGCAUAACAGUCCGUUCGUUCAAUGCGGAUUUGCUCUAUGAACCAUGGGAAGUUUAUGAUGAAAAUGGCCAGCCAUUUACAACUUUUGCACCUUUCUGGAGUAAAUGCCUUAGCAUGCCUUAUGAUCCAGCAGCACCAUUGCUUCCCCCCAAAAGAAUAACAUCAGGUGAUGUAUCAAUGUGCCCCUCAGAUACUCUGGUCUUUGAGGACGAGUCUGAGAAAGGAAGCAAUGCUCUUCUUGCUCGAGCGUGGUCACCAGGAUGGCGCAAUGCUGAUAAGUCCCUGACUGCGUUUAUCAAUGGGCCGCUCAUUGAGUACUCUCUCAAUCGGAAGAAAGCAGACGCUGCGACUACAUCCCUUCUUUCUCCUCAUCUACACUUUGGGGAGCUAAGUGUCCGCAAAGUCUUUCACCUUGUUCGCAUGAAGCAACUUUUGUGGACUAAUGAGGGAAACAAAGCAGGUGAAGAGAGCUGCAACUUGUUCCUAAGAUCUAUCGGCCUUCGCGAGUACUCCAGAUACCUGAGUUUCAACCACCCCUGCAGUCAUGAGAGGCCUCUUUUAUCUCACCUUAGGUUCUUUCCUUGGGUGAUCGAUGAGGGUUAUUUCAAAGCUUGGAGGCAAGGCAGAACCGGUUAUCCUCUGGUAGAUGCUGGCAUGAGAGAGCUUUGGGCAACUGGCUGGCUCCAUGACAGGAUACGUGUGGUUGUAUCCAGUUUCUUUGUGAAGGUCCUGCAACUUCCAUGGAGGUGGGGGAUGAAGUAUUUCUGGGAUACACUCUUAGAUGCUGAUCUUGAAAGCGAUGCCCUUGGCUGGCAGUAUAUUUCCGGCUCUCUUCCUGAUGGUCGCGAGUUGGAUCGCAUUGAUAACCCUCAGUUUGAAGGGUACAAAUUUGAUCCAAAUGGAGAAUAUGUACGUCGCUGGCUUCCUGAGCUGGCCAGGUUGCCAACUGAAUGGAUACACCACCCAUGGGAUGCACCUGAAUCUGUACUACGAGCCGCAGGAAUUGAACUGGGUUCCAACUACCCUCUUCCCAUUGUAGAAAUAGCUGCAGCGAAAGCCAGACUGCAGGAAGCUCUUGCAGAGAUGUGGCAGCUUGAAGCUGCAUCAAGAGCUGCAAUAGAGAAUGGAAUGGAAGAAGGCCUUGGCGACUCCUCGGAGCUACCACUGAUCGAUUUUCCUGAAGAAAUGCAAAUGGAAGUGCACCAUGAACCAUUUGGGAUCACUAAUAAUUCCCCAGCUGGAGACAGGAGACAUGAAGAUCAGAUGGUUCCUACCAUGACUUCUUCAAUAGUCAGAGUUGAGGAGGAAGUUUCUACAGAUUUAGGGAACACCGCAGGAGAUAGCAGACAGGAAGUGCCAUCAAAUAUAAAUUUCGAUGCGGAGCCUCAGAGAGGAGGAAUCGACGAUAGAGGUGGCCUUCGAUCGCUGAGGGAUAAUGUUGUUCGACAUUUCAGUCCAGCCAGGCUGCAAGGACCUGCACAGUCCACAGCGGACUCAUCAAGUAGCUGGACAGAAAGAGAUGGUGGUCUGGUUCCGGUUUGGUCCCCUCCGGCGAUGUCUAGCCGUUCGGAGCAAUUUGUGGCUGAUGACACUGGCAUUGUGAGCAGCAGCUAUUUGCAGAGGCAUCCUCAAUCUCACCAACUGAUAAAUUGGAGGCAGCUUUCACAGACUAUGACAAGAAAUUGGGAGGUGGAGAAUGCGGUGCAGCCGAAUGCUAUUGGGUAAACUUCACAGUGGAAGAUAACUCAUGUAAAUUAGUUGGCUUUCUUUCUUUGUAGCUUUGAGCAGACAAUCAAAUUCUCUAAUUCUAAUGUACCAUAUUGUUUGUAUUGUAUAGUAAUUCAUAAGAGCGCAGUAUUAUUCAUUGGAUUACUUGAAUUUUCUAAUAAACGCAUGCGCACGUCUCUCUUAUUCUCUUA